AUGGAUCUCGGGCAAUUUGACAACUCCGACCAGUUCAAUUUUGACCCUCCAGCAACUACUCCAUCGAGUACAAGGCUAGAGUCAACCUUUUAUAUACACUCAAACGGCAUGGACACAGCAAAUGGGUCAGCUGGAAAUGCUGCAAACGGUCAUCCAUAUCUCACCGACAUGGCCGACCCGUUUGUAGCCGGUGAUCCGUCACAGCUGUAUCAAUCUGCGAUGGACGUUGCCCCUGACAAUGUGAAUGAUGUGACGAACGGCACACUGGAGGAUGUCUUUGGAAGCCUGGUUCCUGAUGCAGAUCCGGCCACCGUCUUUGGUCAGUCGGACGAUGAUGAGUUCGCAAUGUUGUUGCAAGCGUACGUCGAAAGAGGUCCAAGCCCUACUCAAGGUGGUGACGAAGAUUGGUCCAAUAUGGCCGCAACUUCAAACCCUAUCAACGAGCCGAGCGGGAAAGCAGGAGCCAGCACAGCCUCUCCUCAUGCUGUCGCUGCUGAUGCAACGGACAUCCUCAGCACACCCAAAAACAAUGUGUCUGCCGCACCUGCUACUUCACCUGCCACACCUGGCUCCGCUUCUCAAAAGCUGAUUGAGGCCAUGUCCAAUUCUCCGAUUGAGAUACCAAGGACAGCAGAGUUUGCCGAUUUUCAUCCUCGCAGCCCCUCUCUCAAGAAGGAAUCAGAAAACGUGAAGAGGCGCAGUGGUGGAAAUGCUCUUACAAACACGGAGGCAAUUUCACGGUCUUCGCCCCCUCAGCAGAAUACACCGGCAACCCAGAAACUGGGCAGUCCUUUCAAAAUGCCUGGGUUUCCUGCUUCCGCAUCAGCGAAACAGAUUCCAGCCGACAUUGUCUCGAUGGGAUCUCUUUACUCCCCGAGUCCAGCACCUGGCCAACCCCUUCCAAUGGGCACCGUGUCGACUUGUAUGCCCGCUCUUCCAGGUUACUCGUCACUCACAAACACCCAGAUGCAGCUCAUGGCUUAUCAAAGAAGCCGCACGGGAUCUACAAAUUACACGGCUGCACCCAAUACACCAAAUGUGAAGAACGAGUUAUUGAGCAGCGGUGGCGGUAGCAGCAGCUUCCUCGACUACGGCUCCUCGUCCGCCGAGCAACCAUCAGCCAAGCGUGCCCGUAUGGACAUAUUCGGUUCGCACCAGGCCUUCCAACACACACCACGAACAACAAAGUCAAUGGGAUUGACUUUGGCAGAACAUUUCAACGACGAUAUCGUAGGGGACUUCAAAUGGCUCGAGCGAGACCGUACCGAUCCGUCGCCACCACCAUCCACGGUAGCCCGCUAUACCGGGUUCGAGUUCCCGGUCCCUUUGCCCAGUGGUACAAUGGUGGCGAUUGAGAAUGAGGCAGAAGAAGAUGUCGUGGUCGGGAAAAAGCGCAAGGCCAGGCACAUGAGCCAAGAUGGAAUUGAAACCAACAACACUCAGGGUCCAUCUACAGUUGGCAGCUUUGUUAAUGCCCAGGCUGAAAGCGCAUACCUUGGUAUGUUUCAGUUGCCAGACCAGGAUCAACCAAUGCUGGGCAUGCAAACUCAACAUCAAAUGCCUGACCAAGCCCAGCUUCAAGCUCAUCUGCACACCCAAGCUUGUGGUCAAUUUCAACAUCACAGCAAGCCACAGCUUCACAUGCAUGGGCAGACCCAGUUUCAUGGUCAACUCCAGCAGUCACUGUCGCACUCCCGUGCAUCAAGCUCGCAACAACAGCCACCGCAACAGGCACAAGGCAGACGAGCAAGUCUGCAUCGCCGAGCCGACAGACAACAGCAAUUGUUAGGAUACAGCCCAAAUGCGGCCCGAGAGCGAGUACCAGACACUCCGACGCCCGCCUCGCGACGCCGCUCCACGCAUUCGCGAGCUGGCCCGAAAGCGUCCCUCAGUUCUCCUCGCUCUGGCACCCCGCGCAAAAAUACUCAGACUUCUAAUAGUCGAGCCUCACAGACUCCCAAAAACAAGUCGGCACGGAAAAAGUCUUGUUCACAAUCUUCGACCAAGACACCAGCACAUGACACCCCAGCCGCACUGCGAUCACAUCUACCGACACCGCAGCAGCCUAUUUCGACCGGGUCUUGUCCCAACACCAUAUCCGAGACUCUCGCGGAGACCAAUCGUCGCACAGAAGAGGAGCUUCGUUCUCUCGGCGCACCAGUGGUGGAUUAUGACCCCAACAUGAAUUGGGACAAUAUGGCAGACGCACCUGCUGGCACGCUGUUUGGAGAUAUCGGCCUUCUUGACGCUGGUCACAUGACGUUCAGUGAAAUGAUGGGUAUAGACAUGUUUCUGCCUGCGGCAAUGGAUACUUGUAUGCCUCACGACGGGAGUGAAAAUGCCGCUGGACUUGAGAGCACGCUCUUGAACACCGCCGUCAGCACGAGCGGCUACCCAGAAGGGUUCAUGAUGCCCGACAGUGGCAACCAUGACACGGCGACAGACGCAAACAUGAUCACCAUUGGCGACGGAUCUUUUGAGAUGGGAAUAGCCGUGUCUGCCACUGGCACUGCCGGUCCGGGUGUUUCAUGCGACUGGACAAAUGGAUUCGAGGAGAACAAAGACUUUGAUCCUAUGGAUUUCGGAUUCUAA